ACCGCUAAGAACGAUUCUGUGCGAAGUGAAGAGGGGAAGAACCGUGGUUUCCAACCGGCUUCUCGCAAGACUAUAAAAGCACUUGGACUGACAAAUAAGAGAACGGCACAAGCUUGCGAUAGAUGUCGAGCAAAAAAAUCCAGAUGCGAUGGGAAAACCGUGGUUUCCAACCGGCUUCUCGCAAGACUAUAAAAGCACUUGGACUGACAAAUAAGAGAACGGCACAAGCUUGCGAUAGAUGUCGAGCAAAAAAAUCCAGAUGCGAUGGGAAGCAACCCGCCUGCUCUUCGUGUGCAGCUGCAGGAAUGGAGUGUGUUGUUUCCGAUCGGUUGACUCGCAAGUCGUAUCCGAAGGGGUAUACCGAGCUUUUGGAGGAGCAGUCACGACAGCUCAUUGUGGAAAACGCCAGGUUAAAAGGGGUAUUAACAAUGAGAGACGAGCAGCUAGCCUCAUAUGCUGCUCAACUGAAGGAGGGGCUUCCUAUGGCUCAGCCUCAGUUUCCUGCCACCAGAGAAAACUCUACCAAGGCAGUAGCCACAUCGGGCGACUUUCUGAACCCGCAUCUGGUGCUUCAUACCCAUACGCACGGCGAAGGCUGCGCGUGUUGCUUGGGAUCUCCCGCAGUGCAUGAAAGACCAGUGUCUGUGGCUGGAUCUGUCUACAACGGAGAAAAUGAUGCCCUGUCGGCCCAAGGGUCGGUGUACAGCGAUUUCGAUGAGGAGUUCGACGAAAACUUCGACUUGCAUAGUAAUAUCAGCAGAGCAGACUCGCAUUUCCAAGGGGAAGAUUUGGAUUUUUCACCGGGCCAUAGAGGAAGAAACGGGUCCACUGAAUAUUACAACAGGCAAAUCCGCCCUGCGCCUGGGGCAUUUGCAGCUGCCACAGCAAUCGAGCAAAUGGAGAACAACCGCAACGCGGGUGAUCACAAAGUACAAACGGAGUCUAAGGAGCAAAUGCUCACAAGUUUGGUUGCUGUUUCGGUCCCUAGGAGCACGGAAGAAACACUUUUCAUCCCAACGCUUUUGGCGCGUGUUUGUGAGGCUUACGGCUACUCAUCCACUCCGUCAAAACUCACAGCUAGUGCUAUUGCGUCAUUAAAGGACACACUCAGUACCAAUCAGAUUCUUGCUGGCAAGAACAAGGGGCAUCCAGAGCUCUUAUCGCUCAUAAUCAACAGCAAUUUGUCGCGCUUGGAGAACCCUGAUGCCGUGCGAUUUCUCCAGCAGCUUAGUCUCCCCCCAAAGAGCGAGCUUGAUCACUUGCUAAAAGUGUAUUUUGAAGAUUGGGGAAGCGUGAUGCCAAUCAUCAACAAAAAUGCGUUUUUAAAGAAUUACUUGAGGUUCUCGGAAAUCCUCUGCAACGGGUACUCGGAAAAAUUACCUGAGUACUGCUACGAGCUGACAGAGAAACUCGGCGCUUUAGUAGUUUUGGUGGUCUCGCUUGCUUUGCUCCUGAAGAAGUUUAUGUACAUGAACACCGAAGGCGACGGCAACCCAGCAGAGUACUCUACAACCCUUGCCCAUUUUGAUGUACUAAUUCACGAGUUCAUCAAGCCAAAUUGCAUCCUCACAAAAGUGUGUUCUCUUCAGUCGCUCCAAAUCCUUGCGUUGGCCCUACAAUAUUGCUUGGCUACAGGGGAUUACAUGACGUGCUAUGAGCUUCGCGGUCGAGUCAUUACAAUGGCGCAGCAGUUGAGAUUGCACAGAUGCCCUGCUGCCGUACUUGGCCUUAGCAGGGAAAUGAACGAUCGUCAUUUGAAGGCAUUCAUGCAAGGAGAACGGCGUAUUGUUUUUUGGUGCGUUUACGUGCUUGACGUGUAUUCGUCUUUGAAUCUUGGAGUGCCACGGCUUUUGAAGGAUUACGAGAUUGAGUGUGCAACACCGUUCAGCGGAAAAAGCGACGACGACGAUGAUGAAAAAAACAACGAAAACAUCUUGAUUGUCAACAACACGAAAUUGACCAUCUUUGGCAAAGUGACCCGGACCUCUUUGUGCUUGAUGCAGUUUUGUAAAGUCUUGGGAAAUAUCAUGGAUACCAUUUUUUCUCGGUCCGGUAAUUACGACGUGCGAGAGAAAGCACUAGAAAAAGAUCAAAUGUUAGAUUGUUGGAGGCGCGACUUGCCGGCAGAUCUUCGUUUUGACACUGAUGUGAAUGGGUUUCUGUUUACACAUCCAGCUGAAAAUGGUACUGUGCAAAACACAGGGAUCGACCCAGUGGUCUACGAAAAGCAAAGGCAUCUCUUGAUUUUCCUCUACUACCAUGGCAAGAUCUUGAUCUACUUGCCUAUAAUUUCCAAGUACGGAUAUCAUCACAAUGUCGGUUUAUCAAUGAAGGAGAAGCUAGCCAUUGGCCAAAGCGAUAUUUCGACCAAUGUUUCCAGUAUGUCGAUAAUCCAGCAAGCAGCGGUCCAGAUUUUGCACUUAUUGAAGAAGUUUGCGACUUCGUCACCAUAUUUAUUGCCCGUGCCGAUCAAUGUGCCCAGAGAACAUGCACGCUUUGCGAUUUUAGUUGCAAAGGGUUCUUUGGAUUAUAUAAAGGGCGGGCCACUACAUCAGCAACUGAAGCAAUUGCUUCUAGACACCAUGCCAAUCCUCAAAACAGAGACGAAAUUGGAAAUUCCAAGCUCGUUGACAAAGCGAUCUGCUAGUUUGCUUGAGUAUGCUAUUUUGAGUAUUUUGGGAUUGAAUCUCGGAAGAGCUUCGGGUGCAAGCAGUUUGAGAAAACGCAUCAUCACAAAUGAGUCCAACUCCAAAUUUGGGUCUUCGAGAAAUCCAGCCCCUUAUGCGAAAGGGGAUGCUCAUGAACCUUUAUUUGAAACUAGUGAGGCAUACGACGUGCCGAUGAUUGGUCUUGGUUCCAGAGGCACAAACGGUACUGCUUCGCAAAGUGUUGCCCAAGGCUCCCCCGUGCCGAACCCAUCAGCAAUUCCGCAACUUUCCAACAAUCAGCUGUUAGAAAGCUACCAGGAAUAUUCCCUGAGCAUCGAUAGCACGAAUAGCAGCCCCGACAACAAUGUCUUCACAUUUCAAACCCCUCCAUCAGGGCACUCGAGCCAGGCUUUCGGAAACCAAGCAGAAACUGCCUUCAAUUCCGACAAUAUGGACGAUAAUGGCGAGUUCUUCAAGUUUGACGAUCUUAUAAAGAACUUUGGUAGUGAUGUCAUGUCCAGUGAGUUUGUCACGGAUGGUUCGCUAGGACUUGUGCCGUUUUUGAACGAGCCAAAUGAGUUCUUUUUCGAAGAUGGCUCGCAAGCUGAAACACAGUUCAAACGCGAGUUUGAUAUGACCAAUGUCUAAUUGGACACGGCGUGAAAGUUUGGGCUUGAGAAGUCAGUUUGAAGGAAUCGUAGAGACAACAGUUUCCAGAAAAGAAAUGGAGAUGAGGAUACAAAGCAAGCUCUGACGUCCUUGAUACAUACUGAAUCUCUUGGCGUAAAUCGGACAAGUGUCCGAACUCAAGCUAUACGUGCGCAGAAAACUCCAUAAGGACUGUCUUUCGAUUAUAGGAAUUCGUGGGUUUUGUCUUUUGCACGAUAAUGCUGGUUGAUUUUGUUUUUAAAGUUGGCGCUUUAUUGGACAUAUCUGCGGUGGUUUCUUUUGGGCCUAGCUGUCGUACCCUUUGAUAUCGGCAAUGUCUCCGUGAUCACUGUGUUUAGUUAGCUCUACGAUUAAUGAAUAUUAAAAGCAAGUCAAGGAACAGUUUGACAGGAUUAAACAGC